AGAUCAUUUUGCAUAUUUUUUUGACAACUUACACCCCAAUAUUUACAGCCAAGUGUAAGUCAUGUCUGAUUAUUUUGAAGAAUUGGGUUAUUUCGCCAACGAUUUUGAGGCUCUAGAUCUUGAGAAAGAUAAACGUGCAAAACUUGAGAAAAUAGCUAUAAUAAAUGGAAUCGAUAUGGACAUUGAGGUUCCAAAUCUUUUGACACAAUCCAUUGACCAGUUGGAAAACCAUCAAAUUACGGAAGCCGAUGCCAACAGUUUGAAAUGCAAUAUAUGUCAUGUUUGGGCAGAAAGUGGUGAAUUAUACAAGAUAAUUUCAUCAUGUAAGGACAAGUUUCACAAGGAUUGUAUUUUGCUAUGGCUAAAGAAGGCUCUUGUUGAAAAAGAUUUCAAGGCUUGUCCAGGUUGCAAUCGCCCAAAUACCAUUGAUCUAUAUUCUGAUCAGUUAAAGAAGUUUAGGAAGGAAGGGCAGGAACGUCAAAGGCGGGCAGACGACAAUGCAAUUUCGAUGUUUGGUUAAAUUUUGUUAUUUAUAACUGUCAAUUAUUGUUUUUAUUGUUUUUUUUUUUUUGCCUGAAAUAAAUGUUCAUCAACCUUUUGUAUGGUA